GGUCAAGUCCAUCAAGCUCUGUGAUUGGAGAAUGGUGCCUGCAAGUAUCAUGAUGUCACAAUAGAAACAUGUAAGUACAAAAUAAUACAUUCUAAUCUGUCCCUCUCCCAUAGAACAGAAUUACAGAUUAAGGUGAGUUACUUUCACCAAGGAGCAGAGGAGAAAAGGAGAGGAGAAGUGUGGAGGUUAUGGAGACAGAAGGAAAGGAGGCUGGGCAUCAGGAUGUCUACGAAAGGCAUCAGGAUGGUGUCCCACUGGAAACAAUGUCCAUCAGACAACAGGCGAACGCCCACAAAAAGUUUCAGCCCAAGGAACAGGAGAUGAGAGAUACCUACGAAAGCCUCGUAAGCGCUUUCAUGGCUCACUUAGAGGCCCAUAGCGGGCACUGUGAGGUCACCGCCCAGGACACACUGCCACGAUUCACUUCGGAUCAACAUACCCAUUAUCAAAUGGGUGGAAACAUCCAGAAGGGAAAUCAUCUGGUUAUGGAGUUUUUUAAUGGGAAGAGCUUGCAAGGUUACUCCAGAGCGAAGGUGGAGAGCGACCCCUUCAUGAGGAUGGAGAUGAACAAGUGGAGAGCAGAGAUAGAGAGAAAGAGGGAGAUGGAGAGAGAAAGAAUGGAGCUGGAGAGAAAAGCGAAGAAGGUGGACAGACAGGAGAAGGAAGUGAAACUAAUGAGAGAUGAGAUUCUAAGAAAGGAGGAAGUGGUGAGGAGGAGAGCAGCGAUGGAGAGGGAGAGACAGGCGAUAGAGAGAAACAGACAGGAGAUUGAGAAAGUGAGAGUGGAGGCAAAGCAAAAAAGAGAGACACAGGAAAAAAUGAUAGAGCAGAUGGAGAGAACGUUAGCAGAGAUCGUGAGAAUAUGGAGGGAUAAGGAGCUCCCAAUGGACCAAAAGAAAAAGCAAACAAAAAAUGAAAAGGAACAUGCAUGGCUUUUGGAGAGGAGGAGUGCAGAGAUGGAAAGAUACAAAGAAAUGGAGAGGGAGAGACAGACAAUAGAGAGAAGACAGAAUAUUGAG